AUGACUGGCUUUACUUUUCAGUUGCUUGCUCUCCUCUGCACGGUUCUUGGACUUGUUUCCGCUGAAAGUUCUGGGAACAUAAAGUUACACAAAUCCUGUGCUCAGUUUGGGGGGAUAAUUGACGACAUAUUCAACGAUAUUGUCAAUCAAACAACUGUGGUACAUCAGAAAAUGAGGAGGGUUCAAGCCAAUGACCCUGCCACUUCUCUGCCCGAAAGAACAGUGGUUUUAAACACGUUCGAUUCGUUCUUCGGCCUAGGCAAGGGCGGAGAUGUUUGCGCGAAAAAUGUCAUAGAUACCCUGGAUGUAGUAAUGAACCUCCGCGCCAACGAACCCCGGUUUACCAUAUACUGCAGUGAGGAUGGUCUUUAUCAUAAAACAGAGACAAACAACAAGGGUGGCCCAAUCGUGGAGUCACCCGGGUUCCAAUGGAUUUUUCAAGAUCCAGAUGCCCCAGAUAUCCGCCCCCAACGGAUGGCAUUGGGUUUUAUGCGAUGUGUCGACACAGCCGCAAACGGGUUGAUACAGGUGGCGUAUGUCUCUGAUAGAGAAAGAAUUAUUCUCUGUCCAAGCUUCGCAUCACUCCCGGAUCGAUCUGCAAAUCCCCACAUUCCACUUCCGGACGGAACACAACUUGACGAUCAAAGAAGCAAGACAACAACUAUGUUCCACGAACUCCUACAUAUCAUGGCCCCAGACAUGGUUGGAGAUCAAUCCGGCGGUGUAGCCAAAGGCGGGGAGAGAUAUAACUUUGCCGGAAUCCACUCCCUGGCAGGACCACCGGACAGUGUUAGAAACCCGCAUUCCAUUGCAAUGUAUUGCCUGGCACUUUGGCUCGGAGGAAACGACUGGAGUACCGGAGUUGCGAGACCAUACCCUCUAUAA